AUGAGGGUUAAGGAAAUGCACCCACUCUGCUGCAUCUCGCUCGAGAGCCCCGGACUGGGUGACCAGUCGCCUGAGAUUUCGAGUUUGUCGGCCUUUACGCGGGCGAGAUCCCUUCCGGCGGGCCUUCUGAGUGGACCCAAUCAUACCGGAUCAGAGGACCCCGCGGGUUCGUCGGCGACGGUGGCUGGAGUGCUGCACAAGUGGACCAAUUACGGGAAAGGGUGGAGAUCGCGGUGGUUCUUGCUGAAGAAUGGGGUUCUGUCCUACUCCAAGAUUCGCCGGCCGGAGAAUCUGAAUCUGCUGGCGUUGAACGAGGACGUGCAAUUGAUUGGCGCGAUUUCCACCAAUCGAUUGCAGAGGAUGGAUAGCGUCAGCUCUAGCCAAAGGAAGCAGGAGAAGAAAACUGUUGGCAUUGUUCACCUCAAGAUCUCGUCAUUCCGAGAAAGCAAGUCCGAUGACCGGAGGUUUUACAUAUUCACAGCGACGAAGACGCUUCACUUGAGAACUGAUUCCAAGAGGGACAGGUCAGCUUGGAUUCAAGCUUUGGUCGCUGCUAGGAACCUCUUCCCGUCGAGGUCACUCAAAGAUGGUCUCUCGCAUGGGAUGCCAAAGGAUUUGUCUGUCUCGACUGAGAAGCUGAAAAAGCGGCUGGUCGAAGAAGGCAUCAAUGAAACCCUCGUUAAUGACUGUGAGCAGAUUAUGCUAUUGGAAUUCUCCGAGUUACAUGCGCAGCUUAAAGUUGUUUGCGAAGAACGGAACAGUUUGGUAGACACUCUAAGGCAACUGGAGGAUUCCAACAUCGAAAUUGAAGUCUCUGGAAUUCAAGAUGGCGAAUAUCAGUUGGCCAAGCAUGAUUUGUCGACUUUAGGACGUGGCAAAUACAGUGAAUGUAGCACUACUGAAUCAUCAGAUUGUAUCGAGAAGCAAGACCUGGAGGAAGUUUCAGACGAGGAGGAGCCCUCUUUCUACGACAGUAAAGAUUUUUUCAUCGAUGGGUCUAUAGUGCAAGUUCCAGGUUGUCACUCGGGGAAGGAUAAAAUAUCCAAUCAUCUCGAUAGUGAAGAGGAUAAAAUGCACAUGGUAUUUGAUCCGGGAUACCCGCACAUCCCAAGGAGGCAAAAGCUUCCAACACCAGUUGAAAAAGAGAAAGGGGUCAGUCUUUGGUCAAUGAUCAAGGACAAUGUGGGCAAGGAUCUUACUCGUGUUUGCCUCCCUGUUUACUUUAACGAACCGAUUUCCUCACUUCAGAAAUGCUUUGAGGAUUUGGAGUACUCGUAUCUGUUGGACCGAGCCUAUGAGUAUGGAAGAGCCGGGAACAGCCUAAUGAGGAUUUUACAUGUAGCUGCAUUCGCCGUGUCUGGCUAUGCUUCCUCCGAGGGCCGGCAUUGCAAGCCUUUCAAUCCUCUGCUCGGAGAAACAUAUGAAGCUGACUUUCCUGACAAGGGUGUUCGCUUCUUCUCUGAGAAGGUUAGUCAUCAUCCAACUCUCAUUGCCUGCCAUUGUGAAGGUAGAGGGUGGAAAUUUUGGGCCGACAGCGAUUUGCACACCAAAUUUUGGGGGCAAUCCAUUCUACUCGACCCGGUUGGGGCUCUGACCCUCGAGUUUGAUGAUGGUGAAAUGUUCCAGUGGAGCAAGGUUACAACCGCAAUUCGUAAUCUCAUUCUGGGUAAAGUGUAUUGUGAUCACCAUGGGAUGAUGAAUAUAACUGGAAAUCGUGACUAUUCUUGCAAAUUGAAGUUCAAAGAACAAUCAAUCCUCGACAGAAAUCCUCACCAGGUUAAUGGGUUUGUAGAAGAUCUCUCUGGGAUAAAGGUGGCCACUGUGUUUGGGAAGUGGGAUGACAGCAUGUACUAUAAGCUUGGUGAUGGUCAAUCAAAGUCGAGGAACAAACCGUCGUCAAACGCUACCUUACUAUGGAAGAGUAUAAAGCCAGUACCAAAUCUCACUCGAUACAACUUAACAUCGUUUGCCAUAACCCUGAACGAAUUAACGCCGGGACUGAAGGAGAAGCUCCCUCCAACAGAUUCCAGGCUGAGACCAGACCAGAGGCAUCUGGAGAGUGGCGAGUACGACAAGGCCAACCUGGAGAAACAGCGGCUGGAGAAGAGACAAAGAAUGUCGAGAAAGCUGCAAGAACACGGGUGGAAACCAAGGUGGUUUGAGCAAGACGGCGAAAAUGGACCUUUUCGGUACAAGGGUGGGUACUGGGAAGCACGAGAUUGCGGAAACUGGAAUGGAUGCCCUGACAUAUUUGGGGAGUUCGGCGAUGAGCUCCCCGAGUCCAAGUAA